AUGGCAUCUUUGAGGAUGUCCAGCCAAACACAUCGACUUCCCGACGAGCAUGGGAUGGAUAUCACUACACCCGAGAAGAAAUAUUCUACUUACAACACUGAAAUGCAAAAAGAAGAUGUGGAGAAUGCCGCCGGUCAAUUGGAGGAGAUCACUGUCUUCAAAAAGGGCCUCCACCAACGGCAUAUCCAAAUGAUUGCUCUUGCUGGCACUGUUGGAACUGGUCUCUUUCUAAGUUCUGGCCGAGCAAUUGCUGAGGCUGGUCCGCUAGGCGCCUUCCUCGCAUAUUCCGUCAUUGGAGCUUUAGUAUCCAGUGUUGUCUUUGGUGUUGGCGAGAUGGGCGCUUUGGUUCCACUCAAUGGUGGCGUGAUUCGUUAUGCAGAGAUCUUUUGUGAUCCUGCCCUAGCCUUCGCUAACGGAUGGAACCAAGUAUACUCUUAUGUCGUCUCUAUUCCUGCCGAGCUAGUCGCUGCCGCCGUCAUUGUCGAGUUUUGGAUCACUAUCAACGCCGCGAUCUGGGUCACUGUCUUCGGUAUCCUAAUGAUCAUCACCGCCCUCCUCUUUGUCCGAGUAUACGGUGAACUUGAAUUCGGGUUUUCUAUACUUAAGAUUAUGCUUGUUAUUGGAAUCAAUAUUAUGGCUUUGGUUAUUACAUGUGGAGGAGCACCUAAUCACAAGAGUAUUGGAUUCGAAUACUGGAAGGCCCCGUACGGCCCAUUCGUCCAAUACCUCGGCGUGGAAGGCUCACUGGGCCGAUUCCUUGGUUUCUGGACCGUCUUUAACAAUGCCCUCUAUGCAUAUUCGGGAAUUGAGAACAUUACUGUGGCUGCUGCCGAGACGAAGAACCCUCGCCGAGCAAUCCCCAUGGCUGCCCGACGAAUUUUCAUCCGUAUCCUCCUAUUCUACGUGAUCACAAUGUUUAUGGUCGGUCUCGUUGUGUCAUCUACCGAUCCGAACCUUCUCAACUCUUCCGGAACAUCGUCCGAGUCACCAUUCGUCAUCGCUGCUCGCGAGGCUGGAAUCAAAGUGGUCCCCUCAAUUAUCAAUGCCGUCGUCCUCACUUCAGCCUGGUCUUCCGGUAACUCCAAUAUGCUCGGCGGUUCUCGAAUCCUUUAUGGCCUGGCAAAGCAAGGUCACGCCCCGGCAAUCUUCAAACGUAUUAAUCGCUUCACCGUUCCAUACGUUGCUGUCGCUCUGUACGGUGUCUUCAUGGCUCUCGGGUACAUGACCGUUUCGAGCUCUGCUAGCACUGUGUUCACAUGGCUUCAAGAUAUCGUGUCCAUCUCGACAAUGGUAAACUGGAUCUGCAUCCUGGUGGUUUAUCUCCGAUUUCUCUAUGGAUGUAAAAAGCAGGGCAUCGAUCGCCACCGCGAACUUCCAUGGGCUGCUCCUCUCCAGCCAUAUACUACCUGGGCAUCUCUGAUUGUAUUCGUUGUCCUGUUUUUUACUGGAGGAUAUAGUACUUUCAUGAAGGGCCGCUGGAGUACAGAGACGUUUAUUUCGUCGUACUUCAAUUUGCCUUUUAUUGUGAUUGUUUAUUUUGGUUAUAAAAUCGUGAUGAAGACGAAGAUUAUCCCGUUGGAGGAGAUUCCUAUUCGACCAUUUAUUGAGCAAUAUCAGAACAACCCUGAGCCAGAACCGAAGCCAAAACGUGGACUUCGAAAGCUCAAUAUCCUAUGGUCCUAA